AUGCCAAGAAGUGGAUGUGGAAAGCCAGUUUUCCCGCCAUCUGGUCGCGUCAAAGGGGAGGCACCAUCAGGCCAAGGCAUUUGCAUUUCGGUGUGCGCGUCGGGGGCGACCACGCCUAGAUACGACGGCCACGAGGAGGAGGAGGAGGAGGAGGAGGAGGAGGAGGAGGAGGAGGAGGAGGAGGAGGAGGAGGAGGAGGAGGAGGAGGAGGAGGAGGAGGAGGAGCAGUGCAGCGGAAGGAAGAUGGAGAGGGGCGGGUGCCUUCACAUACCCACCACCCCCGCACCCUCUCUCCCCCCCUAA